GUCACCACGUGGGUUGUCGCUUGCGUCUCGGUUCGCCGCUUGACGUGUGUCCUAUUCAGCUUGAGCUCUAACCGAUUCUCUUGCUGUAUCUUGACGUCGUUCUAGCGGGGCACAGGAGCGGACUCUUGAGCCUUGAGAGCUCGUAAUAUAAAGUAGGACCUUCAAUCGUCGUGUCCGCUACACCCAUCUCGUCGCUUCCAGCGAGCUUCUCCCUGCAACCACCUUCGAUCACCUCGUCGUUCGAGUCGUGCAUACAGUCCGACGACCUGUCCGGCCUCUCUCCCCUUUGAUUCUGUAACCCUCUUCCACCCACCUAUCACAAUGAACAGAAUAUUCGGCUCAAACAAGGGAAAGCCCAAGCCGAACCUCAACGAUGCUAUCAGCUCUACUGAUGCACGUGUCGGGAACAUGGAGGUGAAGAUCAAGAAGCUGGACGCGGAGCUCGGCGCAUUCAAAGCUCAAAUGUCAAAAUUGCGAGAAGGCCCAGGCAAGGCUGCCAUUCAACAACGCGCUUUGAGGACGUUGAAACAGAAGCGGAUGUAUGAGGCUCAGCUUAUGCAGCUUCAACAGCAGACUUGGAAUAUGGAGCAGGCUCAAAUGACGACCGAGAAUUUGAAGAACACGAUGGCUACGGUAGACGCUAUGCGGAUAGCGAACAAGGAGAUGAAGAAGCAGUACAAAGGGAUCAACAUUGACAAGAUUGAGAGUAUUCACUUUGACAUGGAGGACCUGAUCGAGCAAGCAAAUGAAGUGCAAGAAUCUCUCGGACGAAGUUAUGGAGUUCCAGAUGAAGUCGAUGAAGCAGAUCUACAAGCGGAACUCGAUGCGCUAGGUCUGGACGACGAGCUUAUUGGAGAAGGAGAGACCCCAAGUUAUCUGCAAGACUCGCAAGCUCUUCCCGACUUUGUAGACGCCGCUCCGAUCGAGGAAUCACAUGAGACAGACAAGCCCACAGCAGAAGUAGCGAGGUAGAGAUGGCAUCCUUGGAUCUGACCAGAGCAAGCUUGAAAGCGAUUCAUCGAGAGCCAU